CCCCCUCUGUGUCUCUUCCUACCCCACCCUUCAUUCCGCAGUGCUACGGACCGAUCAUGGGUGACUGGAGCUUUCUGGGUAAUAUUUUAGAGGAAGUUAACGAGCACUCUACGGUGAUCGGCCGGGUGUGGCUCACGGUGCUCUUCAUCUUCCGUAUCCUCAUCCUGGGCACGGCGGCGGAGUUUGUGUGGGGCGAUGAGCAGUCUGACUAUGUCUGCAACACGCAGCAACCGGGAUGUGAAAACGUGUGCUACGACGAGGCCUUCCCCAUCUCCCACAUCCGCCUGUGGGUGCUGCAGAUCAUCUUCGUGUCCACGCCGUCUCUGGUGUACGUGGGUCACGCCGUGCACCAUGUGCACAUGGAGGAGAAGCGCAAGGAGCGCGAGGAGGCGGAACUCAGCCGGCAGCAGGAGCUGAGCGAGGAGCGUCUCCCCCUGGCACCCGACCAGGGCAGCGUCCGCACCACCAAGGAGACCAGCACCAAGGGCAGCAAGAAGUUCAGGCUGGAGGGCACCCUGCUGAGGACCUACAUUUGCCACAUCAUCUUCAAAACACUGUUUGAGGUGGGCUUCGUGGUGGGACAGUACUUCCUGUACGGCUUCCGCAUCCUGCCGCUGUAUAAAUGCAGCCGCUGGCCCUGCCCCAACACGGUGGACUGUUUUGUGUCCCGGCCCACGGAGAAGACCGUCUUCAUCAUCUUCAUGUUGGCCGUUGCCUGCGUCUCGCUCUUCCUCAACUUUGUGGAGAUCAGUCACCUGGGCCUGAAGAAGAUCCGCUUCGUUUUCCGCAAGCCGGCCCCGGCCCCGGCUCAAGGGGAGGGCACGGCCCCCCUGCCGCCACCAGGAAAGAACUUGCCCCCUCUGGCUAUGCCAGCCCUUCAAAGAGCGAAGGGUUACAGGCUGCUGGAGGAGGAGAAAGCUCCCAUGACUCAGCUCUACCCGCUCACCGAGGUGGGCAUGGAGGCUGGCAGAGGGCCCCCACCCUUCCUGGGGCUGGAGGAGAAAGCGGAGGAGGUGCUGCCAAUGGGGGGCAUCUCUAAGGCGUACGACGAGACUCUGCCCUCCUACGCCCAGACCACCGAGACGGCGGGGGUGACGCUACGCCAGGAGGCCGAGGAGGUGCAGCCGGCAGAGGCAGAAGCAGAGAGAGUGGAGAAGGGUGCGGAUGAGGAUCUGGAGGUAGAGGAAGCGGGGAACGGGGAGGGGGUAAAUCCAGAGGAGACAAGGAUGGAGGUCACGGAUACGAUAGAAGACACCAGACCGCUGAGCCGACUGAGCAAAGCCAGCAGCAGGGCCAGGUCAGACGAUCUUAACGUAUGAACAUGUGAGACAGAGAGAGAGAGAGAGAGCACAUGUACACCUGCACACACCAAAUGUUCAACUAAAGAGAGAGCACGCACACAUCUAACUCAAGACGACGCACACUCUUGAACAGGCAGGUUGACAACCAACGCAUGAAAAAACAAAAUCAACAGGGAUAGAUUUAAACCUUCAGAACACAGGCUACAAUUCUAAUUGAGGCAAAAAUCUGCGUGUUUGUGAUCAGAUGAAACAUAAAGUAGAGGUUAAAGACGGGAGGAGUAGGUUUUUUAUUAAGUGUGUUCUUAUAUUUAAAAAAUGUGGAAAGGACACAUGCAGGGGGGAAAUGUUUUUACUUGAUGAAAAUCCAUGUUCAAUUUUUAGAAACAUCUUUUUCUAUUGAAAGAGUUUUACUCAUAUACAGUGGAGAUUUAGAAAUUUUUACAUGGGGCUUGAGUAGAUAGGGGAAAGAGUUGUACUCGUGUGUCUUCAAAACAGUAUUUUCGCUGGCGGUGACUUUCAUUCCCACACAAACAGCGACAUACUGCAAAUGCAGCAUGCGGCUGCAAAAGGCACGGGUGAGACUGCCCCCAAAUACACAAAUCACAGUCACAGCUGGUACAUUCAGAGGUAAACAGCGCAUUGAGAAGAGGAAGAAAAUUUUCAUUUUCAGGUUGAGGAGAGCGUACCAUUUGUUUUUGCACAAUCGGCGGUUUAGACUGUGUGCAAGGCCUUCGACCCUCGUAAAACCUCAUCUAUGCACCACUUACAUGGGAUUAUUUCAAGUGAAGAGAGAUGUGCUUACAUUUCACAGCAUCUCUCCUUUUCAUGUUUAUAUACUUGGCAGCACGGCCAAGAACUGAGUUAGUGAGGAAAACCCCCCAAAAAGACCACAUGUUGAAUGUCUUUUUCAAUGUGAUGUGUACAUUCCUUUAUUUUAGACGCGUGUUUUGUAGCCUUUAUGUAGAACUGUGUACUUUGGCAGCGAGCAGGGCUCAUUUUGACCUAUCAGAGAAUGAACCAUAGUAGCGACCUCAGGCCAAAUCCUCUCUUUUCGUGCUGUACAAACAGGCGUCCGGGCGAUAAAGAUCGUGCACCAUCAGCACAAAGCAUUGUUGGAGGCCAGACAAUAAAAGAAACCGUGCUCAUCGAUGAAAACAAGCAUCCUUGACCUGGCUGUGAAAAAAUGGUUCUACUUAAUUUCACGUGAUCACAGCAUGUCGUUACCUCGCGAGAAAAUAACAAUACUCACUGCAUGCUUUCAAAUGCAAAGAGAAACAAACAACUAGGGGUGACUCCCGCUGUACAUAACGCCCCAUCUCGUGUCUGAUAAUGUGCACAAUGUGCAGAGCGGCUGGUUUCAGUUAUUUCACUGUCUGGAGGAAUCACACAGGCUAUAAUUGUGAUUACAGAAUUUAGUUAAUCUCAAAAAACACAGCGGAAUCAUGCAUUAAUCGGAGUAAAGAUACAUUUCUUUGUGAACAAUGAGCAAGAAUUUCAAUACAAAACUUGUCAAGCCUUAAAGCCUUAAAGUAUGCCUUGGGUUUCUCACAAAUCUUCCUCUCACAUUCUCCGGCUUUGUUUAUUGGAACAGCUGCCACUGUGGGAUUUCCUGUGCCUUAUUUGUGAUUGUAAAUCCUCAACAGUCGGAAGAUUGUAACACGUGCUUAUUUUGCUCUGGUACCUAUGUGAACUUGAUUUAUUUUAUAUCUUUUUUUUUGAGUUUCCUUUUGUAUGCGUCGCCUCAGUACCACUUACUAAUCCCCAAAAUCCGCUACAGACAUGAAAACUGUCUCCAUUAUGCAGCGCUGCUGGUUAUACAACAAGAUUUUAAAGUAAACAGCUGAUAAUUGAAUGAUAUUCAGGCGAUAUUAGGGCAUUAAGGUUUAUGUUUGCGGCAAUGAACAAUGUGACACAGCGCAGACUCACGCUGUGAGACACAUUUUAGCAUUUGACCUUCUCACAGUUUAAGGGCGACGCUGGUUCUUGUGUGCAUUGAUACGACCGUUAAUGUACGUUUUUCAUAUUUUAAGACUGUUGCAUUGACUGUAUGUUUGUAAGAAGACAUGAUUAAUUUUUGGAAAGAACAAAAAGAACAACAUUUUUACUAACUUGUAGUCUUCUUUGCUGAUAGAUGUGUGGCAAUAUCUUCUUAUGGAAUGUGAACCAAAGCAAUAAAAAGUCACACGUG